UCAUGUUUUGUGUCAUGCUGAGCUCCGUUUGUGUUUUUCUGUCAAAAUAGUACAAAUUCAGUGUCCCUGCCUCCCGUCUGUCUUUACGCUCCGUGGUUAACUUGACGCUACGCAGUUUGCGUAAGGGAAUGGCUCACGUGCGGAAGCAGCAUGUACUUGUCACGUAAAUCUAAUUUGAGAAUAGGACCGCUUCAAAGUCAAAUUCUUCCACCGAGGAAGCUUUCUGUAGCCACGGCUAUCGGCUACAGCAGGUGUAAUUAGCUGAAGGAGCACAGAGACACCAGACCACGUUCCUAUCGUUAUUUUAUGAUGUUCAAACACAUAAAACGUCAUGUUUUUGAAGCGUUUUCGUCCCGUUUUGCGGCAAAUAAACGCGGAAUCGUUGACGGAAACACAGCGUGUAGUUUACGGACAUUUAUGUUCCUAAGCUGCCCUGGCGGUAGAUGUAACUAGCAGUUAGGGAAGUCCUUUAGAGACCAAAAGCUUCAUCUGGUCUUUAUUUCGCCAGUUUAAACAUUUUGGUUAGGUUUUGCGGUCGCAGAAUGACCUUGUGAGCUUCCCUCGCCCAGUGCGCAGUUAAAGGGAAGCUAUGGGGCGCCGACUCGUUUAAUACUUUAAUGCUUUUUCUCGCGUGGAUUUAAAAUAGAAAAUCCGUUUUUCACCACAGUUAUUUAGAAAAUUGAAAGUUAUUCUCUCAAAACGUUUUAGCAGAAAUUUAGACGAAUGUUUAAAUAUUCAAUAUAAAAUUGAAGAAUAAAAAAAUUGCUUGUAAACAUCUAGAAUCACAUCAACUUGCAUUGUUAAAUGUGAAAAUCUAAAUCUAAAUACGGUGUUGAAAUCUAAAUAGGUCCAAUGUAAAUGUGGCAGUUUUAAACUAAAUGAACCUGUAUAUUAGCUCAAAUUUUAGUAAAUAUUUUAACCAGGAUAUCAGAUUCGACUUAAUAUUUAUAUCUAACACUUUACAGCCUGUUUCCUUUGUAAAUGGCCAACUGCCAUUUUCAAAUGGUUUGCAUGUUUUUCGGGCUGAUUUUUGCAUGUGAUACCAAAUAACAGAUAAUAAAUUAUAUUUAUAUUAUUUAUAUUAUAUUAUAGCCUUAAUAGCGUAAUGACUAAUACAAAUGUUGCUUUGUGCAUUGUCUAAGUAGAGGCAGAUGAUCCAUCAUGUUGAUAACUUACUCUGUGCUUUAGCUCUUGUAUGCAGCUGCAAUAACAUUGUGAAUACACAGCCUUAGGCAGUCGGAGAAGUCCAGCAUCAAAGAGGAAAUAAAGAAAGAAAUAGCCAGAAAAGUGCCACAAACCAAAUAAGAACACAUUUUAUUUCCUUUUUAUUAGAAGCCUACGUUGGAGAGCACCAGCUGACGGGUCACAAAGUGGCAGUGAAGAUCCUAAACAGACAGAAGAUCCGCAGUCUCGAUGUCGUUGGGAAGAUCAAACGGGAGAUUCAGAAUCUCAAACUGUUCCGACAUCCACACAUCAUCAAGCUCUACCAGGUAAUAAGUACACCCACAGAUUUCUUCAUGGUCAUGGAGUAUGUGUCAGGAGGAGAACUGUUUGACUACAUCUGCAAAAAUGGGAGGGUGGAGGACACAGAAGCUCGCCGUCUUUUUCAGCAGAUCAUCUCGGCUGUGGACUACUGCCACAGACACAUGGUGGUCCACAGAGACCUCAAACCUGAGAAUGUCCUGCUUGAUGCCAACAGGAACGCCAAGAUUGCAGACUUUGGACUCUCAAAUAUGAUGUCAGAUGGAGAAUUCCUACGCACGAGCUGUGGUUCCCCUAACUACGCUGCCCCAGAGGUCAUCUCAGGAAGGCUGUAUGCAGGCCCGGAGGUGGACAUCUGGAGCUGCGGGGUGAUUUUGUACGCCCUGCUGUGUGGCACUCUGCCCUUUGAUGACGAGCACGUCCCCACUCUGUUUAAGAAGAUCAGAGGAGGUGUCUUCUACAUCCCAGAGUACCUGACCCACUCCGUGGCCUUGCUGCUGAUGCUCAUGCUGCAGGUGGAUCCACUCAAGAGAGCCACCAUCAAAGACAUAAGGGACCAUGAGUGGUUCAAGCAGGACCUGCCGGGUUACCUGUUCCCAGAGGACUCUUCCUACGAUGCCACCGUUCUGGAUGAUGAGGCCGUCAGAGAAGUUUGUGACAAGUUUGAAUGCAAUGAUUCUGAAGUUGUGUCCAGCCUCUACAGUGGCGAUCCACAGGAUCAGUUAGCAGUAGCUUAUCACCUCAUCAUAGACAACCGGCGCAUCAUGACCCAGGCCAGCGAGUUCUACCUGGCAUCUAGUCCUCCGCAGGGCUCCUUCAUAGAGGACGGCAUGCUGCUGCCUCCAGGGGUCAAGCCCCAUCCUGAGAGGAUGCCCCCACUUUUGGCUGACAGCCCGAAAGCUCGGUGUCCUCUAGAUGCUCUCAACACAACCCGGCCUAAACCGCUGGCAGUGAAGAAAGCCAAAUGGCACCUGGGUAUCCGGAGCCAGAGCAGACCUUAUGAUAUUAUGGCCGAGGUGUACAGAGCUAUGAAGCAGCUCAGCUUUGACUGGAAGGUGGUGAACCCGUAUCACCUGAGAGUCCGGAGGAAGAAUCCCGUGACAGGAAACCUGGUGAAAAUGAGUCUGCAGCUCUACCAAGUUGACAACAGAUCUUACCUCCUCGACUUCAAGAGCAUUGAUGAUGACAUCAUGGAGGCAGUCGGCUUUAAGUCGGGGUCGUCCACCCCUCAGAGGUCAGGCUCCAUAGCAGGUCUCCACAGACCCAGGCUGAGCAUCGACUCCGCGAGCCCAGCCAUCGAUCUGCCCCUGCUCAGCUCCUCCCUCCCUGGAUCUCUGUCUGGUUGUUCCCCUCUCCUCACGCCUCGUCAGGGGUCACACACCAUGGACUUCUUUGAAAUGUGUGCCAGAUUGAUCACCACGCUGGCACGCUGAGGUCUCCACAAUCCCAUUAACCUGGACGUGAGUGGGGAGUAUAGGGAGCGCAGGUGUUUGGUGUGACCUUGUCUUUGUGUCUCCCCUCAAAAUGUUGUCUUCUGAGUGGAGACAUGAAACGCAGUAUUAGUGUUAGCCUCAGAUCAGCAAGAGCAAAAAGGGAAUAAAGGCAGAAAAUUAGCUCCUUGUGAACAAGCAUCAGACCACAGAUGGUAAAACAAAACUCAGCUCUGUCGAUGAGGUCAGAGUGAGGUCAGAGUGAGGUCAGAGUGAGGUCAGUGUGAGGUCAGAGUCAGCUGUGGUCAAGCACACCACCACUCUACCCACAAAUCCCUUUAGAAGCUGCUGAGAUUCAUCCCCCUCCGUAACACUGAGCAGCAGGACGUCCUGCUCAGCCCAACGCUGACCCCAGCUCAGCUUUGCUGCAGUCUCACGUUGAAUCGCCAUGUCAGCUGUUUGGGAGGAGCAUUACUACACAGAGUUUUACGUUUGUAAAGAAACUUUGUAUCCAUGUAUAUUUCUAUUAUUGUAUUACAAAGAGGAGAAAGUCAGCAAAAUAUACCAAAUAACAUCGUUAUGCAUCAGAUUGAGAUUUUUAUUAUUGAGAUAUCAGAUCCAUCUUUAUUUUUUGAGAUAUUCUGUAGUUAUAACCUUUUAGCACGGCAUUACCAGACUUCACCCGGGUGUUUAGUUAGAUUAAUGAGCCACAGCAGGAUGCUACCUGUGUUACAAGCAUUCAGAGCAGGAGAUGCACACCAUCUCACCAUUCCUCCAACUUCAUCAUCACUUCAUACGUUCAGAUGUCAGUAUGAUCAUGAAGUGAUGUCAGGACCAUGUAUUUGACAUUGAAAGCUGAAUAAGAACAGACAGGUUGUGCUGCAGAAGAAAUCGUUUUGAGAAGAGCAGCCCGUUUGGACUUGGAGUUAUGAAAAAAUGUAGAAAACAUGGCCACCCGAAAGAAAAAUGUUUUAUUUGUUACACAAAUGUUUUCUUGUGUAAUGUUUGUGAGACGGCGUGUGUCUGCGGAGAGAGAGCAGAUACACUCAGAUGCCUUAGAGAACGUCACACGUUCAUGUUUCACACACAGAAACUUUAAGUGUGUUUCUGGAGCCACGGUUUGUUCUCACAUCUAGAUAAUAACGGUCACGUGGUUGUCGUGUGUCUCUUUACUUUACAUGUUUGGAAGAUUUCUGGUCUGACUAACGCCAAAAGGUGGCAAAAGCAGAGAAGUCAGCCAUCUUUUUUUGCUGUGUAAUGCUUCAGCUGUUUAGUUUCUUUCUGCACUUUAAAACUCGUACUGAACUCAGCAGUUUUCAGAGUUCCUGAGAGCAGACUCAGACGUUACUGUAAAUGUUUCUGAUGGAGGUGAACACUUGUAGAAAAGUUCUGCUUGGUCUUGAGUGCUGCCUUUUGUCCAUCAUCAGUGUUUGGGUGGAGGGUGCGGACCUUUGCCUUUCUCUUCUAUGAUGCCUUUUCUGUGGUCUGGUGGUCAGAUUGCUAGGGUUAGAAUGAGCAGACAGCACUGUUCGAAUAAGUAGAAUUAAAAUGACAGGAAAGAUGCCUAAGGGCUAUACGAUGGUUAGAGUAUGUGACUGUGCGUGUUUGGUUGCGUUAAUGUCAACUACGACUGUUUAAAAACUUUAUCGGACCUCCUGUUGAUGUCAUUUGGCUGAAACUACACAUAUUUUACAGUGUUGGGCACAUACUGUUCUUUCACAAGUAGCUUGUAGCUAAAGUAACUUGUUUUGUUUUAAAUGCUACCUGCUGAGGAAGUAACUUUCUACAGUAGCAUCAUGUAGUAUCUCCGCCUCCAGAGCUCUAACAAGCUGCUAACGGCUGUUCUUGGAGCAGAGGUCUGCAGCUUUUACGAGGGAAUAAGCCAUUUUUACAUCACCUACUAAACAUAAUUUGCAUACACCCUAACACUCAUUUCAUUAUUAAAAGCAAGGCAAAAGGGUUCAGAAAGUUUCAUUUCAUCCAACAUUUCCGUUCUUGUUUAUUGUGCAUUGAUUUAGUUCCUUUUAUUUUAGGUAAGGGACUGCAUGGUGGCGCUUUUGAUACCUCAUUUGCCCUGCAGCAAAACAGCUGCAGGUUUAAACCCUGGUUGGGUUGUUUCUGUGCAUUUUCUCCCCGUGGUGCUCUGGUUUUCACUCUGAGGUGAGUUUGCACCUUGUUAGGCUAACUGGUGACUCUAUAGCCCUUAGAUGAGAAUGAGUGUGUGACUGGUUGUUUGUUUCUGUGUCCCUCAGUGAUGGACAGUUGGAUCAGUAAACACCAAGUGGAGGAUCUAUAGAGGAUGUACAUUUUAGACUCAGCUAUAACAAAUAUCCACAAAUAGAUGUAAAAAAAAACUAUAAAAGAUAUUAUUAGCAACAUCAGUUUUAUUUUGUAGGUUCAAAGCUUAAAGGUACAAUAUGUUAGACUUUUACAGUAAAUAAAUUACCGAGUCUGUGCCGGCUAAAGCCUGAUGUAUACUUCUCUGUCUGUGUCGGCGACACGCAGCGCCGUUAUGUGGGCUCUGCGACAGGCUCACAGAUGGUGACGGAGACAUGUCCAAAUUUUUUAAUCGGUAAAAAUAUACGACCAUUUAUUCACUCGUAACUGAAGAAGUACAAAAAUACGGAGCAAACAUUUUAUUGGUGAACAGAAACGACGGGAAAUGUGGGUGUGGAGCGUGGUUUAGAGGUGGCGAUUGCAUGAAGGACAAAUUUGUUCAUGUUGUAGGGAGCCUAAGUCACACCCAUCUACUUCUGGACCUCAGGUCCCCAGAAGAUAAAAAAAAUGAACGCAAGUCAAAUUGGGCUAACAACACAAUUUUCUAAUUCCACUUGUUAUGUUCCAUGGAUUUCACAUAUGAUGUCUGUGAAUUUUAUUUUAGGUUUUGUGUGAAAAUAAGUCCAGGACUACAAAUUCCCUUCAUGAAAGUGACGUCAUCAAAGCAGACACGGAGAAAAGCAGAGAUAAAAUGGCUGUAAGUUCAGCAAACUUCAAAUCCUUCCCACAGGAGGAACGAAUCACCUUAAAACUGACCGUUUGGUGAGUAGCAGCUAUGCUAGGGGAGAGGAGAUCACGUGGUGAAGUUAUAUAUGCGACGUGCCGAUGUAGCUGUGCUCAUUACAAACUUUUACAAGCUGAUAAAUCUCAAAGUAUAUGACUGGCAGGGUCGAAACACAUCAUUAUUUUUAUUUAACUUGCAGUACAACGCGUGUGAUCCAGGGCAUAAGUGGAUUAGAAAAUAGCUGUUUUAGCCUCAUUUUUUCGUUCUUCCGGGGACCCAUGAGCCGACCGGAAAGGGAGGAGACUUAGGCUCCCUAUGAAGUCUAAAAUAUAUAAACGCGCUAGUAAAUACACUAUUGUGGUCUGGAUACAUUAGUGUGAUGGUGACAGGAUUACAAAGAAAAGUGCUACACCCUCUUUUGUCCUGGCGGGGAAUUGCUUUGCAACAUUCCCCAGGUGACGAAGAAGUCCGAGAGCAAAAUGUCUCCUAAUGCAUGUGCGUCUCUCCCUUGCAGGGCAGACGGAGAAGCAUAAAUCAGGCUUUAUGUUGCAGCGAUAGCAUUUGUAAUGGGCCACUGGCCGGCAAAAUGCAGCAGCGUUUUGUGUACAACUGAAGCCAGUCUCAGAAACAACCCAGAAGGUAUUUCUUGUAUCCCUAAGAAGCCACGACAUCUUUUUGUUUAUUCUAAUGUCGGGUAAAGAAGGCUAGAGGCUAAUGUUGACAUAACAAUGCUAAAGAUGAAUGAGAAAGAAAUAGGCCGCUCUAAAAACACCUCAUGCUACGUUUUCAGUUACCAACAACUCAGCACUACAGUGACAUGUAUUUAUCUACUGAUCAACUUAGUAUGUGUGAUUCAUCUAGAAUCUUCUAGUGCUGAUCCAGAGCUGGCAACAGCCACACAACUCAUGGAAUGAUAGUGAGAAAGUGACUGGCUUGAUUGGAAAUGGACUGCACUAAGCAAAUUUAACCAAAGGAUGUCAUUCUUACUUCAUUCUUACAUAUUGCACCCUUAAGCCAGGGGAACAUAGAUGGCAGAUGUGCUGUGCCACAGAAGCGCCAGUUUCAGGAAGUCAGAUGGUCACACAGGACUCGCUAUGCCGCUGAACGCUUCUUGGGAAAUCACGCGAUAGUCACAACAUCACGCGGGACUUGAAAACAGGAAGCGGAAAGUGACUUUUGUUUACAUGCAAUCAGAUUUGCCGUUGUCUUUUUUUGACUCUAAAUAAUUAAAAAUGAGUGAGUUCGCCAUUUAUUGGAAUAUUUUAAGAUCAAUAAUAAUAAUAAUAAUGCUUUGGAUUUAUAUAGCGCAUUUCAAGACACCCAAAGCGCUUUCCAUUAUUCGUGCACUCUCACAGUCACACACUGUCGGUAAUGGUACGCUGCUAUGUAGCCACAGCCGCCUUGGUACUUAAAAGUUAUCAAUACUGUAAUCAAGUAGCUUUUAUAAGCUCCUCGUCCAUGUUUUCACGUUUGGGUUUGUGCCGUAGCCGCCUUGUAAUGUCUGCUGGAGAGUACUCCACAUGCUGUAAACAGAACUGCCACCGUGCGGACGUGUAGCCACCACCAAUAACUAUAAUGGCUUCUUUUUAAAGUGACGCAGUGGAGCUGUGCUUAGUUUGCAAGUUUUUUCUACUGAUCUGAAAUCCAAUUCAAAGACACUGGCGUACACACUAGUCACUAAGGUAUUUACGUAGCUUUGAGUUAUAAUUGCACAUCUACGACGAUAUUCAGCAACAAAAUGUUUCCAUUACACAGAUGCGUCAGCGCUCCUGAAGCACACACACACACACACACACACGCACCACCAUCACCAACUUCAUCAUUACCAGUAGGGGUAGACGAUAUAUUGGUCGGCCGAUAUUUUCCGGUUUCUAUACAUCAGCAUCAGCCGAUAUCUGUCCUUAGUAAAGCCGAUUUAAAGUCAAGCACAUCCUCAGGCAGCCUGGAACUUUACCUUUACUAGUAAUAUCAGUGUAAUAAACUAAUAAUAUCAGCGUAAUAAACUAAUAAUAUCAGCGUAAUAAACUAAUAAUAUCAGCGUAAUAAACUAAUAAUAUCAGCGUAAUAAAUACUCUACAUUAACUUUAUUUAGGUGUCUGACUUUAAAACUGACUUUGGGCUGCAUGGUGGCGCAGUGGUUAGCACUGGUGCCUCGCAGCACGAAGGUUGCAGGUUCGAAACUCGGCUGCGGCCUUUCUGCGUGGAGUUGCGUGUUCUCCCCGUGCAUGGGUGGGUUUCCUCCGGGUACUCCGGUUUCCCCCACGGAUCAUAACAUGCCCUGCAGGUUAUAAAUUGUAAGUCGCUUUGAAUAAAAGCGUCUGCUAAAUAAAUAAACAAACACUGAGCAGUGCACAAAGUUCAGAUACAACAGUUAGUUAAAUUCAGAGUUCAAAAACUCAUUCAGCUUCAGAAAUUUUGUGCAUAAACUAAUAUUAUUAGUGACAUUUUAGCAUGAAAAAUAGGCCGGAAAUACUAGAUUUUGGCCAUGAAAAUCGGCCCAUAAAAAUUGGCGGUACAUAUUGACUAUCAGCUGACCACGUCUCCUACAGAUCGGCAUCGGCAAUAUCAGUCGACCUGUAAUUACUAGUCUUUGGUCCAAAAGGAUGAAGUGAAAUUCUCCUUUGAUGCUCAACAGAGACUCUACGUCAUGUAUGUUUUUAUUUGCAUGAACACCAAAACUCGACUGUAUCUCACUGUCUUCUGAAACUCACCUGUGGUGCACUGGGCAGAUUUGUUCAGGAGCUAAUCCUGCCCCUUACGCAUCGGUCCCUGGUCCUGCUGCGCACCACAACACGGUACCCUCCUGCAGGAGUCUGGGCUCAGAUUGGAUCAAAUCCAAGAUAAACAGUGUUUGCUGUUGGGUGUGUUACAGCUAUAUGCAACCUCCAGUGGCAUGUUAGUCAUGUUAACUAUGUAGAGCAGAACUACGUGCCUGCUGAAUGAAAUACUGAGUUUUUAAGUGUACCAAAGUGCAGAGAGCAAGGCUGCGUUUAUCUGUAGAGAGGUUAAGGGAACCUUAAACACCCCAAUCAGUGUUGUGUGUGAGAUAUCUGGUUGGUCACUGUGAUCAAGUGUGUGUGUGUGUGUGUGCAUGUUUGAGGUGUCUCUACCUGUCUUUGUGUCUCUGAUUUGCAAUUCUCGUUAUGCACUGCAUGAUGUUGCUGUUAGGAUUUGCACUUAAAUGAGUAUUUAUUGAAAAACAGUAAACAAAUUUAUAAAUCAA